CUCCUUCAUCAUGGGCUGUUCCCUACCGCACCUUUACAACCUCGUAUGGCAGUAUCUGUUGAUCUACUCUCCUUUUAUCGCGCACUUUUCGAGCGCUCUUGUGAUGCAAUCAAUGCUCUCGCAUCGGCUCUCAAAACGCACUAUUCACGCAGAGGUUUUCAAGUUACUGACUCGGAGUGGUAUGAUAUCCUACAAGUCGAAAUCGAACAGCAAGUGGACACAGUCCUCCAACACAGCCGAGACUGUGUGGCUAUUCACCGACCACCCCAACCACCUACUGUAACCAGGAAUGAAAGUUCAGCAUCAACUAUUUUGCACUUUGCCCGAUGUGCACCACUUCUCGCUCAGCGCUGCCCAGCAUGCUUUGGUGGGACACUGUAUGGGAGGCCCAUUGAUCAAGGCGCGGACAUACAUGUUGCUACAGAUGGGAAUUUUCAUCAUCGCCACCGACGUUCUGCGGGUGAUUGUCCUCACUUCUAUGAACCGACUUACUUCCUUUCAAAACAGUUUGUUGAUGCAGUUGGACGCCGAAUUGAUGGACAACGUAAGCGACCUCCGAAGCAACACACAUCCCUCGUACCUGAUGAAGCUAUCGACCAAUGCGAGAAUGCAUAUGAAGCAGCUGAUGGGAAGAAACAAAAAACUGCAAUGGACAGCUUCGACGACACGGGAAUCAUGGCCCUCAUCUGCCGUCAUGAUAUUCCCUUAUUUUUUGCUAACAUUGAUUCUCCGGGCGAACAGCAGAAAUAUUCGGUAGCGCUGAUAGAACAUCUGUUCACAUUACUCCCUUCUCAAGCCACGGUUGUUACCCUCUAUGAUGUAGGUUGUGUUCUCGCUCGGUCCCUCUCAAAGUUCGAGAUUCUCCCCCCUGAUGUUGUAUCAUGUCUGCGCUUUGCGACUACGGCUAUGCAUGCCUAUGGUCAUGAAUGGGCCUGUCAGCUGGUGCACAAUCCACGGAUGUGUAUAGGCCUUGGCUUAUCUGACAGCGAGGGGACUGAGCGGCUGUGGUCACGGUUUGUUCGGUUGAUUGGUGUAGAAAGGUCAUCAUCAGUACCAACUGUGAUAGGAUCAGAAAUGAAAGCAGACCUCGGAGACUGGAUCAAACACCGUCUCAAGCGGGGCAUCAAUGCCCAGAGCUCUGCUGCCCUCGACAUUAUCAAUCACUGUGAAACGUCUGUGGAGGACCUACAGGCUCAGUGGGCUCACCAACGACAAUCUCAGCUCUUGAUUCGCGCUCGUGAGUUAGCCCAUAGUAUACACACAAUGAGUACUUAUGUUGGAUGUUUCUAG